ACAGAGCAGAACAGGUUGGAGCAGCAGACUGACGCUGCGUCGCUCACUGGAGACUCUUUCUUUCCUGGAGGAACAUGGCUCAUUUCUGAGGAUUUCAGCAGGAGAAGAUUGUGAUUAAAGCUGUGGAUUCCUCUUCCUGUCGCACUCUCGCGUCACCUGCAGUGUUUGUUUGGUGAGGAGGAGAAAAAAAAAACACGAGAAAGGACGAGUGGAAUAGUGUUGGAAGAAGCGUCUGGGUUUGUUUUUUUUUACCUUGUAAAGAGGAUUCGGGAAGUAGCUGCUGCUGCUGCUGCGGCUGCUGAGAGUUAGUUCAGUGACAGAUCCAAAGUGCGGCAGUGGAUACAUUGUUCACCAUGGCUCACAAUAGACUCCUGCGCGCUGUUUUCACCUUGUUGUUUACUGUCGCCUUCCUAAACGUGGGGAUUUACCGUGUGAACGGACAGUACGGCGGCGGCGACCGCGGAAUGUCGAUACCGGAGCACGGAUUCUGUCAGCCGAUCUCCAUACCACUGUGCACGGACAUCGCCUACAACGAGACCAUCAUGCCGAACCUGCUGGGUCACACCAACCAGGAGGACGCGGGGCUCGAGGUGCACCAGUUCUACCCGCUGGUGAAGGUGCAGUGCUCCCCGGACCUCAAGUUCUUCCUCUGCUCCAUGUACGCGCCCGUGUGCACGGUGAUCGAGAAGGCGCUGCCGCCGUGCCGCUCUCUGUGCGAGCGCGCGCGUCAAGGCUGCGAGGCGCUCAUGAAUAAGUUUGGCUUCCAGUGGCCCGACAGUCUCGCCUGCGAGUCCUUCCCCGUACACGGCGCCGGGGAGCUGUGCGUCGGGCAGAACAUGUCGGACCGCACGGAGCCGGAGGCCCCCUCUCCUCCUCCGUACCCGACAGAGCGCACGGACCCCAUGCACGGUCAGUACCGCUGCCCGAACUCGCUGCGCGUGCCUCCCUAUCUGAACUACCGCUUCCUCGGGCAGGAGAACUGCGCUGCUCCCUGUGAGCCCAAAAGAUCCCACGGGAUGAUGUACUUCAGCGAGGAGGAGCUCAAAUUCGCCAGAAUCUGGAUCGGCAUCUGGUCAGUGCUGUGCUGCGCCUCCACCCUGUUCACGGUGUUGACCUACCUGGUGGACAUGAAGCGCUUCAGCUACCCGGAGCGCCCCAUCGUCUUCCUCUCCGGCUGCUACACCAUGGUGUCCAUCGCCUACAUCGCUGGAUUUCUACUGGAGGACAAGGUGGUUUGCAAUGACAGGUUUGACAAUGACAUGCGGACUGUGGUGCAGGGGACAAAGAAGGAGGGAUGCACCAUCCUCUUCAUGAUGCUCUACUUCUUCAGCAUGGCCAGCUCCAUCUGGUGGGUCAUCCUGGCCCUCACCUGGUUCCUGGCAGCAGGGAUGAAAUGGGGCCACGAGGCCAUCGAGGCCAACUCGCAGUACUUCCACCUGGCAGCUUGGGCCGUGCCCGCCAUCAAGACCAUCACCAUCCUCGCCGUGGGGCAGGUGGAUGGAGAUGUUCUGAGUGGAGUUUGCUUCGUGGGCGUCAACAGCGUAGACGCCCUGCGGGGCUUCGUUCUGGCACCACUCUUCGUCUACCUGUUCAUCGGGACCUCGUUCCUCUUGGCGGGCUUCGUGUCCCUCUUCCGUAUCCGCACCAUCAUGAAGCACGACGGCACCAAGACGGAGAAGCUGGAGAAGCUGAUGGUGCGGAUAGGGAUCUUCAGCGUGCUGUACACCGUGCCGGCCACCAUCGUCAUCGCAUGCUACUUCUACGAGCAGGCCUUUAGAGAGCAGUGGGAGAAGACGUGGGUCAGCCAGACGUGCAAGUCGUACGCCGUCCUGUGUCCGCACCAGAACCACCCCAACAUGAGCCCCGACUUCACUGUCUUCAUGAUUAAGUAUCUCAUGACUCUCAUCGUGGGCAUCACGUCUGGAUUUUGGAUCUGGUCCGGAAAGACACUGAACUCCUGGAGGAGGUUUUACACGAGACUGGCCAACAGUAAACAGGGCGAGACCACGGUGUGACGUGGUUUGACCCCGCACAGACUCCGUAGUGACAGAAAAACUGAAUGAUAAUCCUCGUUAUCUUCAUCUCUGUAUGUUUUCUUUUUUUUUUUAAUGUACAUAUUCACUUUUUGAGAUUUUUUGUAAGUAUAUAUUUGUAUUUAAAGAUUUUAACAGACAAAAACAAAAACAACACUUUUUUUUUGACUCACUCACUGUGGACACUACUGGGAGUAUGUGCUGUCUUUGAUCAGUGGACUGCUUCUGAGCAGCGGGGUCUAUUCUAAGCAGAGUCCCGUGAAACCCAAGUGCUUCCUCGUGGCUGCUUCUUCAUCCUGAUUAAGCAGCUGUAGUGUGUGUGUGUGUGUGUGUGUGUGUGUUUGUGUACAGUGGAGCCGCAGUUGUCAGAGUCUGGAGGGAACUGUCGGCAGUCUGGGGACAAGAGACAAGAGCUGGUGCUCACUGCAGGUUGUGAAUGUGACUCAUUGUGACAGAUGGUUGUUGCUGGUCGUGUGACAGUUCCAACAUUCCUUUCCAAAUAUAACAACACACCUCAUCGUGCCAGGUGUACGACAGUGUUUCUGCGUGUUUUAAUCCACAUUGUGGUUGUUUUAAUGAGGGGUUGAUUGUUAUUUUUUUCUCUCAAUCACUGGGAUCAGAAAAACCUGCUCACACUGUCCGUCGACAUGGCUGAGCUGACUGUGGUUUCAAAGUGUUUAAUUAGAUUGGAAAUAUUUUGGUAUUGCUAUGGCACAUCCAAGGCUGCAGAGAAUAAUCAGUUAGGAAUCGACUGUUAAAUUCAUCUCUAAAUGUUUUAGAAAACACUUCUUUCUGAUGAGCUGCAACAAUGAAUCGAUGACUCAAUGGAUCGUCAACCGUUUUGACAAUCGAUCAGUCGAUUUUGAGUGUUUUCUCAACAACUCUAUACGAACUUUCCAGCUUCUUAAAUGUGACUAUUUUGUGGUUUAUUUGCUCCAUUUGACAAAGAAAUCAUUCAAACACAAUCAUUUUUGGUUUGUGGACAAAACAAAGACACUUAAGAACUUGAUCAUUUCCAUUUUCUGACAUUUUAAACAGAUUAUGAAUAAAGAGUUUUGGGAAACAGUCAUUGAUAUUUUUCGCCGUUUUAUGGAACAAGUUAUUGAUUAAUUGAGAAAAAAAAACAAUCAAUCACAAAUAAAAAGGUGUCUGUCAUUUUCUAAAUUUACUAAUUGGUUGUUUGUAAAAAAUGUGAGAAAAUAGUUUCCAAAACCUCAAAAAUAGCAACUUCCUCAUCCAUUGUGGUUUGUCCACAAACCAAAUAUAGUCAGUUCUCUGUCACGUCACAGAGCAGAAAAUAAACCAGAAUAUUCUCACAUUUAAGAGGCUGAAAUCACAAAAACCUGUUUUUUUCUUUGAUUUUUCCAAACGGUUGACGAUUAAUUAAGCAAACUGAUUAAUUUUUGCAGCCUUAACGUUCAGUAUAAUUGAAACACAAGGUUCGUGUUUGUUUUUAAACGUGGUCGUCUUCGAUGUGAGGGUGUAAAACAUGCACACACACUGCUACUGAACAUGAAUUAUGAAUUCUCGUGAAAUCUACCACAGCGACAUUUAAGGUUCUUAAACACAAGGAAGGAAAACAUGAGAAGCAUCAAAACACGUGUGUUUAACUUCGUCUAAACCUAAACCAUUCCUGUCUUUACAGUGCUGUGUUAAAAUACUGGACAACCUUUGAGUCUUCACUGUUUUUCCACAUUUAUUGACUUUUAAUUAAGAGUGAAAGUUUGAUGUCUAAAGUUCAUGCCAUGUUUACAGAUGUACUUAGUCUGCCACUAUGUCAAGAAAUUGAUCAUGGGUUGCAAUUAACAUCUAUUUAAAUUAAUAAUGAACAUUAUUUUGGUUUCAAAUGGAGUCAAUAAGAUGGAGCAAAGUAACCAGAACAUAUUCACGUUUAAGAAGCUGACACCCAAACUGAUUAAUUGAUUUGAUUCUCAAACUAUUUGGUGAUUUAAUUGAGUUGUUGAUUAUUAAAUGAGUCAUAAUUGCAGCCAUAUUGGACUAAAAAGUAACCAUUAUUUUCACAAUCAAUUCAUCUGAAAAUGUUGAUCAGUGUUCCCCAAAACUUGGAAAUGAUAUGAAAAUAUUCACAUUUAACUUGUUUUAAUGAGAUUGAUGAAAUAUUUCCAGUUAACUCUCAACCAAAAAGAUCAAAGAUUACGAAGCUCUUGCUUCUCCAAAAUUUUUAAAUUUCACGCAUUUCCUUAUCUUUUACGAGAAUAAAAAGUUUGGGCUGUUAAUUAUGAAUUUAAAAAAAAAAAAAGAAGAAUAAAUUAUGUUCAGAUAGAGGAAAUAAUCAGAUUAACUGGUGAAAAUCAGCAAGAAUCCAGAGGAAUAAUUGACUUUAUCACGCGUUCUCUUGCCCUCUUUUAUCUCGUGUCCUGUCAGAUUAUAGAGCUGAAAACCCAACUUUCUUUUUUUCCUUUUUAUUGUAUUAAAAAUCAUCCUGAAAACACAAAUUGAAACAGAUGCAACAAUUAUAAUACGUAACUAUUGAUUUUAACAUUAAAAUGCUGCCAUAACAACAACAACAACAA